GGCGGGAGAAAAGUUGCCAUGAGUGUACUCACCCACCGAGGCAAGUGGUAUAAUCACCACGUUCAGCACUACUGAGCAGAGCCGCGGAUCGGCAGCCGUCGUUUGAACCCCAGAAAGUGGCCGACAUGUGGAGUCGGGAGGCUGCCCUAGCCGUGGCGAUUCUGUGUGGGACAGUGCGCGGUGGAUUCGGAGAAGCGGAGAGUGCUACAUCCCGUAACAAGCCCGACAUCCUACGUCUGCACGAAGAUCUGUUUGAGACGAGCGGCUACAACUCUAACGUCCGCCCCGUGCGGGACUACAGACGACCCAUCAACGUCACGCUCGACCUGGCGCUGGCUCACAUCAUAGACCUGGACGAAAAGGACCAGAUUUUGACAGUAGAUAUCUGGUUAAGAAUGAAAUGGACUGACGAGUUUCUGACCUGGAAUGUGAGUGAGUACGGGGGGAUAGAGACCGUCACGACGAGAGCGGAACGUAUCUGGAGACCAGACCUGUUCCUUUACCACAAUGUGAACCACGAGUUUGACGGGUGGCUCGAUGAGGUGGUGGUCAUCACUUCUGACGGCCUGGUGGACUGGAAGGCGCCCGCGGUGGCCAUGUCUGCCUGCCCGGUGGACGUGUCCGACUUCCCCUUCGACAAGCAGAGGUGCAAACUUCAGUUCGGCUCCUGGAACCACGACGGGCGCUACAUCGACUACUUCAGCAAGAACAACAUGGGAGACUUGGCUAGUUUCAUCAGAAACGCGGAGUGGGAAGUCCCGGAAUUAGUGGCUAAAAGAAGCAACCCCCUGUACAACGGCGUUCCGUACCCGGACGUCACGUUCACCAUCCACAUGACCCGCCGAUCCACCUUCUACGUCAUCAACAUGUUCCUGCCCUGCGUGCUGCUGGCGUUCGUGGUGGGGGCGACCUUCUACCUGCCGCCGGACUGCGGGGAGAAGAUCUCGUUCGGCGUGGCCGUGCUGCUGUCCCUGGCCGUGUUCCAGCUGCUGGUGGCGGAGGCCGUGCCUCGCUCAGAAAACAUCCCGGCAAUAGGUCGGUUCAUCUUCGUGUCCCUGGCACUCAUGGCGCUCUCCCUGCUGUCCACCGCUUUCGUCAUCACGCUGGGCGACUCCGUUCACGACACCAAACCCGUGCCCGGCUGGGCGCGGAGGGUCUUCCUCAAGUACGUCUCCAAAGCGCUGCUGAUGGGCGACCAGUCCAAGCACAACUGGGAGGCGCCCUGGGACGUCUGCAACGCUCCAUCCAAGCAGCUGGAAAACGACGGCCUCGCUGGCGAGGCGCUCACCUUCCAGAACGGCAUGUGUUCUGACACCAGGCGGAAACCGACGGUGUACCUGCCGGCAAAGUCCAUCAUGAAGAUCCCGGCAUCGACGAGAAAGCAGCUGGAGUGCCUGCUGCAGAUCAACGGCGCCAUCGAAGAGAUCUCCGGUUACCUGAAGAAGAUGGACACGGUCAAGUACAUCCACAACGAGUGGAAGACUCUGGCGAUAGUGGUGGACAGGAUUUUUCUCGUGCUGUACAUCAUUGCCUCUGCCCUUGCCCUGGUCAUUACUUUACUCAACGUCCAAUGAGACUAUAUAACGUGAAAUAAAGUGAUAUAUAUUCUGCAAGCAGUCAUUAAGUGGGGACAUCUCACCGUUUUCAAACUUCCCUGAAAGUUUGUUUCUGUGACGAAAGGGACCCUGAAUUCGUCACUUUUUAAAAUUAUAAUAUUUUAAAUGUCAAU